AUGCAUUUUCCUGAUCGAUUAUUUGAUAGAAUUUUGAAGCAAAAAAAAAUGAAUUAUAAUGAGUAUUCAGGGUUUUUGUUAGAAGAAGAAACUGAAUAUGAAAAAUAUUCGCGUCUGGUGAAGCAAAAUUCAGAUACUUUUGAAUCAUGGGAGGCUUUAAUAAGGGUAGUUGAGACCAUGGAUGGUGGGUUAAAUAGAAAUUCUUCACCACAGGCAAUUGGGGCAAUGAGAGAUGCAUAUGAUAGGUUUCUUGCGAAAUUUCCAUUAUUGUUUGGAUAUUGGAGAAAAUAUGCAGAAUUAGAAUUUUCUAUAGCAGGAACAGAAGCAGCUGAAAUGGUCUAUGAAAGAGGAGUUGCAGGUAUAUCUAAUUCUGUUGAUCUUUGGACAAAUUAUUGUGGGUUCAAAAUGGAGACAAGUCAUGAUGUAGAUGAAACAAGAGAAUUGUUUGAACGUGGAGCUACCCAUGUUGGCCUAGAUUUUUUAUCACAUCCUUUCUGGGAUAAAUAUAUCGAAUUCGAAGAACGUAUGGAGGCACCAGAUCGUAUUUUUAUGAUUUUAGAUCGUGUUAUUCAUAUUCCAAUGCAUCAGUAUGCUCGUUAUUUUGAGAGAUAUACACAAGUUGGAGCAACCAGGCCCAUAUCGGAAUUACUUCCUCCUGAUGUAUUAAAUUCUUUUAGACAAGACGUUCUUGCUGAGCCGGCAUCUUCUAUUCAAGCAGGACAACAACAAAUAAAGAUGGAACGUGGUGAACUUGAAAUUGAGAGGGAAACUAGAAUAAGGAUACAUAAUUUACACUUAGAAAUAUUUAAUCGCACACAAAUAGAAACUACAAGGAGAUGGGUUUACGAAGCAGAAAUACGCCGUCCAUAUUUUCAUAUUACUGAGCUAGAUGAAGCACAAUUAGUUAAUUGGAGAAAAUAUUUAGAUUUUGAAGAAACAGAAGGAGAUUUUAAAAGAAUACAGUUUCUUUAUGAGCGUUGUUUAGUCGCAUGCGCAUUAUACGACGAAUUUUGGUUUCGUUAUGUUCGAUGGAUGUCUGCGCAGGAAAAUAAAGAGGAAGAUGUUCGAUUAAUAUAUCAACGUGCAUUUAGUCGGCCUGCUAUUCGUCAUCAGUAUGCAUAUUUUGAAGAAGCUCUUGGUCAUGAAGAUAUUUCUAGAGCUAUGUUUGAGUCGAUUCUCGUCAAACUUCCGGGCCAUUUAGAAACGAUCAUUUCAUGGGUCAAUAUGGAACGACGUCUUUCUUCGAGCAUUGACAAUUCUAUUGCUAUAUUGAAACGAUUUAUUGAUAGUAAUACAUGUGAUAUUUAUGCGAAGGCAGCGUUGACUACUGAAUGGAUCAGAUUAAUAUGGAAGAUCAAAGGCUCUCCUGAUGAAGCUCGUGAAAUGUUUCAAAAAAAUGCUUCAUUAUAUCUUGACAGUCGCUAUUUUUGGAUUAAUUAUUUAAUGUUUGAAAUGGAACAACCUGUUUCUCCUGAUACUGCAAAAAAGGCACAUAAUCGAAUUUCUGAAGUUAUUACUUUAAUUCGAAAAACAGCACGUCUUCCGCCACUUGUAAUUAAGGAUUUAACCCAUAUUUAUAUGGUUUAUCUUCUAGAGCGAGCACCUAUUCCAGGCGCUAUUUUAGAAUACAAUAGGUUGGAUAGAGAAGUAAAUGGGCCAUUUAGUGUUCAAAUUGAAAAUAAACAAAAAUUAUCGGAAGAUGGAGAUGCUAAAACAUAUGAGCGCAAACUUCGUCUAACAAAUGGACAUCCUGGCGUAGAAAUUAAUGAAGCAGAUAUUCGUGCUGGAAAGAGCCCUUAUGAUAAAUAUUAUAUCGAACAAGGAGAGAUACCACCCAUCACAAUAGGACAUAAUGCUCAACAAGAAACAUAUUCAUAA